CCGAGACUUGAGCGUUUGGUUCUUUGAAAAUCUCAGAUCUUCUCUCUUUCUUCCUGAAAAUUGGUUGCAUCUUACGCUCCUCUACAAAAAUCUCCGAUCCGAUUCCAGUUUACGAACCCUAGUUUUCUUUCACUACUAUUCAGUCUACACUCAAAUGGAUCUCUCAUUCUAAAGAUAUUCUCUCUAUACAUACACGAAGACUCGAAGAUGUAUAUGGCAUAUGGAUGGCCGCAGGUCAUCCCCCUAGAAGCACCCAACUGCGUCUCGACACAGCAGAUCGUAUAUCUCAAAGUCGUCAAUCGGUUGCUCCUCGUGGUCUCCCCCACUAACGUAGAGCUUUGGUCUUCUUCUCAGCAUAGGGUGAGAUUGGGGAAGUACAAGAGAGACGUGGAUUCUAUUCGGAAAGAGGGGGAGAAUUUGCGGGCGGUUUGGAGUCCCGACACGAAGCUCAUUGCCGUUCUUACCUCGGCCUGUUAUCUUCACAUUUUUAAGGUGCAAAUCACAGAAAGGAAAAUACAUAUUGGUGGGAAGCAACCGACUGGUUUAUUUCUCGCAAACAUAUCUUUACUUCUCAGUGAGCAAGUCCCGUUUGCAAAUCAUAAUUUGACAGUGAGCAAUUUUAUUUGUGAUAACAAACACUUUCUGAUUGGACUGUCUGAUGGAUCACUUUACAACAUAUCGUGGAAGGGUGAGUUUUCCGGUGCGUUUUUCCUUGAUGUGUGGCCAAAUGAUAAAAUUGGUGCAAAUAAAUUGUCCCCCCACUUGGGCAAUGGUCUGACUUUUAGCGGAACUCAAGGUGUUGAUCGGACCAACCAUGUGAACCAUGUUGCAUCUCGGAGUUCUGGGGUUGUCCAUCUUGAGUUUUCCAUUAUGUUGCGGUUACUAUUUGUGCUGUUUUCUGAUGGGGAACUCAUUCAAUGUUCUGUCAGCAAGAAAGGUCUAAGGCAUGCCGAUUCUAUUACAGUUGAAAGGAGGGUGGCUUCUGGGGAUGUCGUUUGUGCUUCGGUUGCUUCAGAGCAGCAGAUUCUUGCUGUUGGAACCAGAAAAGGAACUGUUGAGUUAUAUGACCUUGCAGAUUCUGCAUCACUUAUUAGAUCUGUUGCUUUGCAUGAUUGGGGAUAUUCUGUGGAAGAUACUGGUCCUGUUAAUUGUAUUGCUUGGACACCUGAUGACUCUGCUUUUGCAGUUGGAUGGAAGUUAAGAGGGCUUACAGUUUGGUCUGUCUCUGGCUGUCGCUUGAUGUCUACGAUACGCCAGAUAGGUCUGGGUUCUGUUUCUUCUCCUGUGGUUAAGUCAAACCAGGAUUUCAAGUAUGAGCCCAUGAUGGGUGGCACCUCAAUGAUGCACUGGGAUGAACAUGGAUAUAGGCUUUAUGCUAUUGAAGAAGGAUCUUCGGACAGAAUUGUUGCCUUCUCUUUUGGCAAAUGCUGCCUCAAUAGGGGUGUUUCUGGUACAACCUAUGUCCGCCAAGUUAUCUAUGGUGAAGAUCGCUUGCUUAUUGUACAGUCAGAAGAUACUGAUGAACUCAAGAUCUUGCACCUCAAUCUUCCAGUAUCUUAUAUUCUGCAAAACUGGCCUGUUCUACAUGUUGCUGCUAGUAGGGACGGAAUGUAUUUGGCAGUUGCAGGGGUUAAUGGUUUAAUCUUGUAUGACAUACGGCUAAAGCGCUGGAGAGUUUUUGGAGAUGUUAGUCAGGAACAACAAAUUCAAUGCAGGGGAUUGUUAUGGCUGGGGAAAAUUGUCGUGGUCUGCAACUAUGUGGACUCUUCCGACACAUAUGAGUUGCUUUUCUACCCGAGAUAUCACCUUGAUCAAAGUUCGCUAUUAUGUCGGAAGCCAUUGCUCUCAAAGCCAGUGGUCAUGGAUGUUUAUCAGGACUAUUUACUUGUCACAUAUCACCCGUUUGAUGUUCACAUAUACCACGUGAAAUUAACUGGUGAACUGUCACCUUCUAGUACUCCAGCUUUACAGCUUUCUACAGUACGAGAGCUUUCAAUUAUGACUGCAAAGAGCCAUCCAGCUGCAAUGCGGUUUAUCCCUGAUCAGCUUCCACGGGAUUAUACGUUAAAAAGUGAUAUCUCAUCCUCUUCUGAUUUAUUAGCCCGAGAACCAUCCAGAUGUUUAAUGCUGCGGAUGAAUGGGGACCUUUCACUGCUUGAUUUGGAUGAUGGAAGAGAAAGAGAGCUCACUGACUCUGUAGAGUUAUUCUGGGUUACUUGUGGUCAAUCAGAGGAGAAAAAUAACUUAAUUGAGGAAGUUUCCUGGUUAGACUAUGGCCACCGAGGGAUGCAGGUUUGGUAUCCAUCUCCAGGUGCUGAUCCUUUUAAGCAGGAAGACUUCUUGCAGUUGGAUCCAGAGCUGGAAUUUGAUCGUGAGGUAUACCCCCUUGGUCUACUUCCGAAUGCUGGUGUAGUAGUUGGUGUUUCGCAGAGAAUGUCAUUUUCAGCAUCUACGGAGUUCCCAUGUUUUGAGCCAUCUCCUCAAGCACAAACCAUAUUACAUUGUCUACUUCGGCAUCUUCUUCAGAGGGACAAGAGGGAAGAAGCUCUACGCCUAGCACAAUUAUCGGCAGAGAAGCCACAUUUUUCUCAUUGUCUGGAGUGGCUUCUUUUUACAGUUUUUGAUGCUGAAAUUUCCAGACAAAAUUCAAGCAAAAUCCAGGCAGGCGUAGCCAAUCAUGCUCCCUCUCUUUUGGAGAAGACAUGUGAUCUGAUCAGAAACUUUCCUGAAUAUUACGAUGUUGUUGUUAGUGUAGCACGGAAAACUGACGGUCGACAUUGGGCAGAUUUAUUUUCUGCUGCUGGAAGAUCAACCGAGUUGUUUGAAGAAUGCUUUCAGCGAAGAUGGUACCGCACUGCAGCCUGCUAUAUACUUGUCAUUGCGAAGCUUGAAGGUCCUGCUGUGAGUCAAUAUUGUGCUUUGCGUUUACUGCAGGCUACGCUUGAUGAGUCUCUAUACGAACUGGCUGGAGAGCUGGUGAGGUUUCUGCUAAGAUCGGGCAGAGAAUAUGAACCCACAAAUGCUGAUUCCGACAGAGAUUCUCCAAGAUUCUUGGGAUAUUUUCUUUUCCCUUCCAGUUUUAGAAAGCAACCACAGGAUGCAAAAAGCUCCUCAUUCAAAGAACAGAGUCCACAUGUUUCUUCUGUUAAAAAUAUUUUAGAAAGCCAUGCCAGCUAUUUGAUGUCUGGAAAAGAGCUUUCAAAGCUUGUUGCGUUUGUCAAAGGCACACAAUUUGAUCUAGUGGAGUAUCUCCAACGGGAAAGAUAUGGAAGUGCUCGCUUGGAGAAUUUUGCUUCAGGGCUUGAACUCAUUGGGCAAAAGCUCCAUAUGGGAACAUUGCAAAGUCGGCUGGAUGCAGAAUUUCUCUUGGCCCACAUGUGCUCGGUCAAGUUUAAAGAGUGGAUAGUGGUCUUGGCCACAUUAUUGAGGCGUUCUGAGGUCCUUUUUGAUUUGUUUAGACAUGACUUGCGAUUGUGGAAAGCAUACAGCAUAACCAUACAGGCACAUGCGCCAUUUGCUGAAUACCAUGAUUUGCUUGAGGAGUUGGAGGAUAAGCUUUCAUCGAGUGCCAAUGCUGGAGGAACAUGAGCUAACUGGUUCUCUUAAGCCUAUGGUGGAUUGUUUCAAUUGAGAAUGUGUAAACGAGGCUUCUGAGUUGUCUCCAUUUUAUCUUGGCCAAGUUGAAAACCUUUAGCCAAGAGAUGUACAUUCAUUGUUCCGUGCUUCAUGAAGUCAGCUGUUACCACCUUAGAUUAUAUUGCCUUGCGGAAAGUAAUAGCAAACGUUGUAUGUCCAUAAAAUAAAGAUUCUCACUGUUAGUUUUUGUCUCAUUUCUUUUUCCUUCGGAGCAUGUAUUAUCUUUUUUUUCCCCCUUUCAUUUUCACAGAGAAGUUGCUGGCAAUGGAUAGGAUGUAUACCAUAUUUGUACGAAUGGUCUAUAUUUGAGCGUUGCUCAUUCAGAGAUUGUGCACAAAGCUCUGUAAGCCAAUUUUGGUCCAUCUGAUUCUGAGCAGAAAUUUUGCUU